AGCGGGGAGCGCGCGAGGCUUUCCCGGACUCUCCAUUCCAAUCCCCACAUUGUUGUGCACAAGAGCCUGCGCGCAGCUUGGUGGCACCAGACACCUCCCUUUCCCCCUCGGUGACUCCAAUCCCGGCCCUGCCUCUCCUGCUCCUCUCUCUGUUCCGCAGUUUGCCGCUCUCCUCAGCCGCCGCUGUUUUCAGUCGGCAGCCAAGGCAAAGCUCCCAGUGUCCCCGGAGCUGGAGCGCAGGCGAGCCAAGCCACUGGCUGCCCGUCUCGGGGAGGAAUCGGACGCCUGGCGCUGCUCGGCCGACCCAUUCCGGCUGGAAGGAGGUCCGCGGAGGGCUCGUGCGCUCGGCGGCCCCUGCAUGGAGGCGUCGGCCGCUUCUCCCCGGAGCCCCGAGGCGUAGCGCCCUCCUCCUUCGCCGCCUGCAAUCCCACACCGAAGUUUGGGAGGCGCUCGGGAAAGUUUGAGCGCCGCGCUUUACGCACGGCGGUGGCCACCGUCCCCACUAGGGCGCUCCAGAAGUCGCCCUCCGCAUCAUGGCGAGCAGGCCGGCAGAGCUCGAAGAGGCCGCCCGGCCGGCUCGCCGCUCCUCCGGCGGCUCGGCUCCCCCCUUGCGAAGGGUCAGCGUUGGCCAGCGGCCCCUCUGGGUUGUCUACAUGGCGCUUUUCUGGAGGCUUAGCGCCGCCGAUUCGGAGUUUUCCAUUUUGGACGAGGCGCAAGUUUUAGCCACUCAGAUGAGAAAACUGGCCACGGAGGAGCUGGGGGUUGUCACCAUGCAGCGGAUAUUCAACUCCUUUGUGUACACGGAAAAAAUUUCAAAUGGAGAAAGUGAAGUUCAACAGCUAGCAAAAAAGAUCCGUGAAAAAUUUAACCGGUACUUGGAUGUGGUAAAUCGGAACAAGCAUGUAGUGGAAGCAUCCUACACUGCUCAUCUGACAUCACCUCUGACUGCAAUUCAAGACUGCUGCACCAUUCCGCCAUCUAUGAUGGAGUUUGAUGGAAACUUUAACACUAAUGUGUCUAGAACGAUCAGCUGCGAUAGACUGUCUACCACUGUGAAUAGCAGAGCGUUCAAUCCCGGCCGUGACUUAAACUCUGUACUUGCUGACAAUCUGAAGUCCAACCCAGGAAUUAAGUGGCAGUACUUUAGUUCAGAAGAAGGCAUUUUUACUGUGUUUCCAGCUCACAAAUUCCGAUGUAAGGGCAAUUACGAGCACCGCAGCAGGCCUGUCUACGUCUCUACAGUUAGACCUCAGUCUAAACACAUAGUUGUCAUUGUGGACCACGGGGCUUCCGUUACAGAGACACAACUCCAAAUUGCUAAGGAUGCAUCCCAAGUUAUUCUUAACUCAAUAGAUGAACAUGAUAAAAUCUCUGUGUUAACUGUGGCAGACACAGUGAGAACCUGUUCCUUGGAUCAGUGCUAUAAGACAUUUCUGUCUCCUGCCACCAGCGAGACAAAAAGGAAAAUGUCCACCUUCGUUAGCAAUAUAAAGUCAUCUGACAGCCCUACGCAGCAUGCGGCAGGAUUUCAAAAAGCGUUUCAGCUGAUACGAAAUACAAACAAUAGCACAAAACUCCAAGCAAAUACAGAUAUGGUCAUAAUUUACUUGUCGGCUGGAAUAACGUCUAGGGAUUCUUCAGAAGAUGGUAAAAAGACCACACUUCGUGUCAUCAAUGAAGAAAAUGGUUUUCUUAACAACUCUGUAAUGAUCCUCACCUAUGCUCUCAUGAAUGAGGGAGUGACAGGUUUAAAAGAAUUAGCAUUUCUCCGAGAUCUGGCAGAACAAAACUCGGCAAAAUAUGGAGUUCCUGAUCGAACUGCUUUACCUGUGAUAAAAGGGAGCAUGAUGGUUCUGAACCAGCUGAGCAAUUUGGAAACCACAGUUGGCCGGUUUUAUACAAAUCUCCCAAACCACAUGGUUGAUGAAGCAGUGUUCAGUUUGCCCUUUUCAGAUGAAAUGGGAGAUGGUCUCAUAAUGACUGUAAGCAAACCUUGUUAUUUUGGAAACCUACUACUAGGAAUUGUUGGAGUAGAUGUUAAUCUUGCCUAUAUUUUGGAAGAUGUCACUUAUUACCAAGAUUCUUUGGCUUCCUACACAUUCCUAAUAGAUAAUAAAGGCUAUACCCUUAUGCACCCCUCCCUUACCAGACCCUACUUGCUUUCUGAACCACCACUUCACACAGAUAUAAUACAUUAUGAGAAUAUUCCAAAAUUUGAGUUGGUUCGACAGAACAUCCUUAGCCUCCCUCUAGGCAGUCAGCUUAUUACUGUCCCAGUGAACUCCUCACUGUCUUGGCAUGUAAACAAACUGCGAGAAAUUGGGAAGGAAGCCUACAAUGUGAGCUAUGCUUGGAAGAUGGUUCAAGAUACAUCAUUCAUUUUGUGCAUUGUUGUGAUACAGCCAGAAAUACCUGUUAGACAACUUAAAAAUCUCAACACUGUACCCAGUAGCAAGCUGCUUUACCAUCGACUAGAUCUCUUGGGCCAGCCCAAUGCUUGUCUGCAUUUCAAACAACUUGCAACCUUAGAAAGCCCUACGGUAAUGCUGUCUGCUGGUAGCUUCUCUUCUCCAUACGAGCAUCUGAGCCAGCCUGAGACAAAGAGGAUGGUGGAGCACUACACGGCAUAUCUUAGCGACAACACACGCCUCAUUGCCAACCCUGGUCUGAAAUUCUCUGUCAGAAAUGAAGUAAUGGCUACCAGUCACGUCACAGAUGAAUGGAUGACACAAAUGGAAAUGAGUAGCUUGAACAGUUACAUUGUCCGCCGUUACAUAGCAACGCCCAAUGGGGUGCUCAGAAUUUAUCCUGGUUCCCUCAUGGACAAAGCAUUUGAUCCCACUAGGAGACAAUGGUACCUCCAUGCUGUGGCAAAUCCGGGAUUAAUUACUUUGACUGGGCCCUACUUAGAUGUUGGAGGAGCUGGCUAUGUGGUUACCAUCAGUCAUACGGUUCAUUCUUCAAGUUCACAAAAGUCUUCAGGCCAUUCGGUUGCUGUGAUGGGCAUUGAUUUCACUCUGAGGUAUUUCUACAAGGUUCUAAUGGACCUGCUACCAGUUUGUCACCAAGAUGAAGGGAAUAAAAUAAGGUGCUUUAUUAUGGAGGACAGAGGAUAUCUUGUGGCACACCCUACUCUUAUUGACCCCAAAGGCCAUGCUCCAGUGGAACAACAACACAUUACACACAAGGAACCUCUGGUGGCAAAUGAUAUUCUCAACCAUCCAAACUUUGUGAAGAAAAACCUUUGUAACAGUUUCAGUGACAGAACAGUCCAGAGGUUUUAUAAAUUUAAUACCAGCCUGACGGGUGAUCUGACAAAUCUCGUGCAUGGCAGCCACUGUUCCAAAUACAGGCUGACAAGAAUACCUGGAACCAAUGCCUUUGUUGGAAUCGUAAAUGAAACGUGUGACUCGCUUGCCUUCUGUGCAUGCAGUAUGGUAGAUAGGCUCUGUCUGAACUGUCACAGUUUUUCGUACAUUACAAGCAUUACUCAAAUCCUGCCAGAAGUGUUCUGGAUUUCAGAUCCACUGGAGACUUUCAGAUUAAUGGAGCAGAACGAAUGUGAAUGUCCUUGCGAGUGCCCCCUAGAGGUUAAUGAGUGUACUGGCAACCUUACCAAUGCAGAAAGCAGAAAUCCUAGUUGUGAAGUCCACCAAGAACCUAUGACGUUUAUUGCAGUUGAUCCCAGUCUACAAGAUGCUCUUCCUCAAUGUAUCAAUACACGGUGCAAUCAAAGGAUGGAGAGCAGGGAUUGCUUUGGUGUCUUGGACUGUGAGUGGUGCAUGGUAGACAGCGAUGGAAAGACCCAUUUAGAUAGAUCCUACUGCGCUCCUCAGAAGGAAUGCUUUGGUGGAAUUGUGGGUGCCAGAAGCCCUUAUGUGGAUGACAUGGGAGCCAUUGGAGAUGAGGUGAUAGCUUUAAAUAUGAUUAAAAGUGCUCCAGUUGGUCCUGUUGCUGGAGGUAUUAUGGGAUGCAUAAUGGUGCUAGUUCUGGCAGUCUAUGCCUAUCGUCAUCAGAUUCACCGCAGAAGCCACCAGCACAUGUCCCCACUUGCAGCACAAGAAAUGUCAGUCCGUAUGUCCAACCUGGAGAAUGAGAGGGACGAGAGGGAUGACGACAGUCACGAAGACAGAGGAAUCAUCAGCAACACCCGGUUUAUAGCAGCAGUUAUUGAGCGCCAUGCGCACAGCCCAGAACGUAGACGCCGCUACUGGGGACGCUCAGGAACAGAAAGCGAUCAUGGCUACAGUACUAUGAGUCCUCAGGAAGACAGUGAAAACCCUCCCUGCAACAAUGACCCAUUGUCAGCUGGUGUAGACGUGGGCAAUCAUGAUGAAGAUUUAGACCUGGAUACCCCUCCUCAGACUGCUGCCCUCUUGAGCCACAAGUUCCACCACUACAGGUUGCAUCACCCAGCACUUCAUCACAGUCACCACUUACAGGCUGCGGUCACAGUACAUACUGUAGAUGCGGAAUGCUAAUGACCUCUGGCCCUUGGGAGGAAAAAAAUGCAGCUGAGAGGAGACUUGACGUUUAUACCGUUACGAGGCAUGGUUUUGACUUAACUCGUUUCACAUGAAAACUUUGCAUUUCCAAAAUGUAAGGUUGGCUCUGAAGUGGAAGAGAAAUUAGCAUGAUGAAUAAACCUGCCAUAACAUUCAAUAAAAAUGGAAUAGUAGGAAUGUUCGGCCUCCAAACACAGGAAGGAAGGUUUAUACAGUAAACGGAGCCUUUUGAACCCUGUUGGUCUGAGCCAAGAAAAGAGUGCACUCAGACAAAGGAGAGAGAAAGAGAGAGAGAGUUUAUUUCCUUAACUGGAAGAACAGAAAUCUUUGCAGCCAGAAACAAAGAAAGUGCCAGUUCCAGAAAUAGACAUUGCCACGAGGUUUCCAUUUGUUGAAGCUUUUUUGUGGGUUGUUGGUUUUUUUUAAAGAAAGAAAAAAACAUUCCUUUCACUUACAAAUUGCUGUAUGGGACCUGGGACAGUGCAUCUCAAGAUUUUUUAAAUAAAGGAUUAUUUUUGUACUAUUUAUUGAACUCAAAACAUUCAUGAACUCUGAGGGAGAGGAAGAUUUUUUUUAAAAAAAAAAAAGGCAUCAGUCGCUCUCCAUGAAUGCAGUCUAUGUUUUAUUUGUGUUGGUGAAGUUGUGGUUCUUUUCAAGAAGACUUGCCACCCUUUUGAAUGGGAUAUUCUCCUCCUCCUCCUCUUCCCCCAUCACCAUGCUAUAAAGGGAAAAUGAAGAAAUUGUGAGCUGAUUUGUUUACAUGAUUGAGGUUUGGUUUCCAUGGUCAUUUUGUACACUUUGAAGAUGGUUUAUAACACAGUAUUUUUAUAUAUAAAUAUAUAUUUUAACGUGGGGAGGAGGGAUAUCAAGCCUCCUGGCUAAAGCACUGAGGAAUCCUCCCACACACACUACAUCCUGUUCAUUCUCAAAUCUGGGCAGGAUUUGCUUCCAUGCGCAGUGAUAAUGCAGUGUUUAAACACUAUUCAUGACUGGCGAAAUAAAAAACAAUAAUGGGUUGAAUUCACUUGGUGACCUUAUGUUUGUGGAAGGGAUGGUGAUUCAGUGGACACCUCUGAUUGGAGGAGAAGAGGAGAAGCAAUUUCUGCUAAUCCCCCCUCUCCCUACCCCGGCCCUAGUGACCCCUGAAGUUAGCUCUAGACUGUUGGGAAACCCUGCAGAACAGGGUAUAGGAUGCUGUUAUAGGGACGCGGGUGGCGCUGUGGUCUAAACCACUGAGCCUCUUAGGCAUGCCGAUUAGAAGGUUAGUGGUUCAAAUCCCCACAACGGGGUGAGAUCCCGUUGCUCUGUCCCAGCUCCUGCCAACUUUGCAGUUCGAAAGCAUGCCAGUGCAAGUAGAUAAAUAGGUACUACUGCCGCGGGAAGGUAAACAGCAUUUCCAUACACUCUAGCUUCGUCACGGUGUUCCAUUGCGCCAGAAGUGGUUCAGUCAUGCUGGCCACGUGACCCGGAAAGCUGUCUGCGGACAAAUGCUGGCUCCCUCGGUCUGAAGUGAGAUGAGUGCCGCAACCCCAUAGUCGCCUUUGACUGGACUUAACCGCCCAGGGGCCCUUUACCUUUUACCUAUAAGAUGGUGUAAGGAUGAUUUGGUGGUGGUGGGAUUCUAUUGCGGCAGGUGUCUGCUGGAUCAAAAGCCCUUCCCUGAGUGUAAGGGCACCAGUUGGUUUCCACCCCAAUGGUCUGUUGUUUCUGACCCUUUUCACAUUCACUACAUGGAUAGGUCAAACCAUGGGGAGGUAGAUGGGAAGCUUUGUAAAGUUUUGGGGCAUUGUGAAAGGUUUACUUUGGAACCCUAAUGAUGAGCCCAUUGUCACCUUUAUCUGGAAUUUAAUACUGCUUUAGUGAUUAGCAUCAUCUGAUGGGUGCCACGUGAGCCAUCAUAAUUUUCAAUUAGUUUUAAAUCACAGCAUUUUGUUCAUUGUGAUUCAAAUAUUAUGAAAACAUUCUUGCACUGUGCAUAUGAUAAACAUCCAUUUAUAUGUAGGGCUUUGGUUUGGUUGUGUUUUUUUUUUUUACAAGAUCUCUAGGUAUUUUUUUAAUGAUAGGGUACCUAAUACCUAAUAUGUAAAAAAUGGUUCUUAAGCAGUAUGGUAAAGUAAGGAUGCUUGUGCUACCAGGAUCCCCUUUAUACUAUGUAUAAAAUUACAACCUCUAGUGGAAUAAACUGUAUAUAAA